UUUAUUUUAUCCCUGUGCCCCUGUGCCGGUUGAUUUAAAUGUAUCUGUUCAAGUGGAGAUAAUCCAUGCAAAUCAGAGGCACUGGCUCCCAGUGCUCGAUUCACAAAGAGAACUCAGCUUCAGGAGGUCACUCGUUCACAGCUGCUCCUCCCAUUAUAUUUUUCCCUUAUUGCAGAACUACUGCAUGUAUACAGUGACUGAAAGGACUCAAUUCACUGCAACUGCUGCCUGGCUUUACUUACAACUUUCUUUAAAGGGGGACUUACCUUCUAUCACUCUUGCUAAGGUGACAGUACUCCACUGACACCACCUUACCUGAAGCUGGACAGAAUGAAACCUGAUCUUGGGUAAGAGACCUAGAAGUGAUUGGAGGUGGUACUGUGACAAACAUAAUUUGAUGGCUUCUUCCUUGCUGUUUCCUUUCAUCCUUUCCUUAAGGCAUUGCUGAUGAAGUUGAGCUGAAGGGUCUUUAUGGCAGAAUGAUGAAUUCCAUCCUUUCCAGAAUGGUAUGAAGAUGAAUAAUGCAGACAACUGGUUUCGAUGAUGCUGGGCUUUUAUAACUGGAUUCAUUAAGGAAUACAAAGAAAAUUCUUACAGGGAUCAAUAAUGGUGUCUUCUGGCUGCAGAAUGCAAAGUUUCUGGUUUCUGCUCAUUAUCAGCUUCCUGCAGUGUACUGAAGGUUUCAGCCGGGCAGCACUACCCUUUGGCUUGGUGAGGAGGGAGCUCUCCUGCGAAGGCUACUCCAUCGACCUGCGCUGUCCAGGCAGCGAUGUUAUCAUGAUAGAAAGUGCCAACUAUGGACGGACAGACGACAAGAUCUGUGAUGCUGACCCUUUCCAGAUGGAGAACACAGAAUGCUUCCUUCCAGACGCCUACAAAAUUAUGACACAAAGGUGCAACAACCGAACACAGUGUAUAGUAGUUACUGGGUCAGAUGUGUUUCCUGAUCCUUGUCCUGGAACAUACAAAUAUCUAGAAGUUCAGUAUGAAUGUGUUCCUUACAAAGUGGAGCAAAAAGUUUUUGUUUGCCCGGGGACGCUGAAAGCAAUUGUGGACUCACCAUAUUUAUAUGAAGCUGAACAAAAAGCAGGUGCUUGGUGCAAAGAUCCUCUCCAGGCUGCAGAUAAAAUAUACUUCAUGCCAUGGACUCCGUACCGCACGGAUACUUUGAUAGAAUAUGCUUCUCUAGAGGACUUCCAGAACGGACGCCAGCAGACGACGUACAAGCUCCCAAACCGAGUGGAUGGCACUGGAUUUGUAGUGUAUGACGGCGCUGUCUUUUUUAACAAGGAAAGAACUCGGAACAUAGUAAAAUUUGACUUGAGGACUAGAAUUAAGAGUGGAGAGGCCAUAAUCAAUUAUGCUAAUUACCACGACACCUCUCCAUACCGAUGGGGAGGAAAGACUGAUAUUGACUUGGCAGUUGAUGAAAAUGGCUUGUGGGUAAUUUAUGCUACGGAACAAAACAACGGGAUGAUAGUAAUUAGCCAGCUGAACCCCUACACUCUGCGCUUCGAAGCCACCUGGGAAACAAGCUACGACAAGCGGGCAGCAUCCAAUGCUUUCAUGAUUUGUGGUGUCCUGUACGUGGUGCGGUCGGUGUAUCAGGACAACGAGAGUGAGACCGGCAGGAACGCCAUCGAUUACAUCUACAACACCAGGUUAAGCAGAGGCGAGCACGUGGACAUUCCUUUUCCCAACCAGUACCAGUACAUCGCCGCGGUGGAUUACAACCCCAGAGACAACCAGCUCUAUGUGUGGAAUAACAACUUCAUUCUGCGAUACUCCUUGGAGUUUGGCCCACCUGAUCCUGCCCAAGUGCCUACCACAGCAGUGACAAUAACUUCUUCAGCAGAGCUUUACAAAACCACAGUGUCAACCACUAGCACUACAUCACAGAGAGGUCCCAUAAGCACAACGUCAGCGGGAGGAACAAAGGAAGGAAGCAGAGGACCCAAACCACCACCACCCAUUUCUACAACCAGAAUUCCUCCUGUGACAAGUUUCUUCCCUUUGCCAGAGAGAUUCUGUGAACCGACUGAGGCCAGGGGGAUUAGCUGGCCUCAAACACAAAGGGGAAUGAUGGUUGAGCGCCCUUGCCCCAAAGGAACACGAGGAACUGCCUCAUAUCUCUGCGUGGUCUUAACGGGAAUGUGGAACCCCAAAGGCCCUGAUCUUAGCAACUGUACCUCACACUGGGUAAAUCAGCUGGCUCAGAAGAUCAGAAGUGGAGAAAAUGCUGCUAGUCUGGCCAAUGAACUGGCUAAACACACCAAAGGACCAGUCUUUGCUGGCGAUGUUAGUUCAUCAGUGAGGCUGAUGGAACAGCUCGUGGACAUUUUGGAUGCUCAGCUUCAGGAACUGCGGCCCAGUGAAAAAGACUCUGCUGGAAGGAGUUAUAACAAGCUCCAAAAACGAGAGAAGACGUGCAGGGCUUACCUUAAGGCAGUUGUGGAUACAGUGGACAACUUGCUCAGGCCUGAAGCUCUGGAGUCCUGGAAGGACAUGAAUUCUUCAGAACAAGCCCACGCAGCCACAAUGUUACUUGAUACAUUGGAAGAAGGAGCUUUUGUCUUGGCUGAUAAUCUUGUAGAACCAAGCAGAGUCUCAAUGCCCACAGAAAAUAUUGUUUUGGAUGUUGCAGUGCUUUCUACUGAGGGCCAGGUGCAGGACUUGCGAUUUCCUCAGGCUGGUAAAGGAGGCAACUGGAUUCAGCUCUCAGCACGAACCAUGAAACAGAACAGCAGGAACGGACUAGCCAAGCUAGUUUUCAUUAUUUACAAAAGUUUGGGUCGUUUCCUCAGUACCGAAAAUGCAACCAUAAAGUUAGGCGGUGACUUGGCGGGGCAGAACAGCACGAUCGCCGUCAACUCCCACGUCAUCGCGGCCUCCAUCAACAAGGAGUCGAGCCGGGUGUACCUGACUGACCCCGUGCACUUCACACUGGAGCACAUCGAUCCUGACAAUUACUUCAAUGCAAAUUGUUCCUUCUGGAACUACUCAGAGAGGACUAUGAUGGGAUAUUGGUCAACUCAAGGCUGCAAACUGGUUGACACAAAUAAAACUCAUACGACAUGUGCUUGCAGUCACCUCACCAACUUUGCAAUUCUUAUGGCUCGUCGGGAAAUUGUGUACAAAGAUGGAGUGCACGAAUUGCUCCUCACUGUCAUCACCUGGGUGGGAAUUGUCAUCUCUCUUGUUUGCCUGGCCAUCUGCAUCUUCACAUUCUGUUUUUUCCGUGGCCUGCAAAGUGAUCGUAACACUAUUCACAAGAACCUUUGUAUCAACCUAUUCAUUGCUGAGUUCAUUUUCCUAAUAGGCAUCGAUAAGACAGAGUACAAGAUUGCAUGUCCGGUUUUUGCAGGUCUCUUACACUUUUUCUUCCUGGCAGCCUUUGCCUGGAUGUGUCUAGAAGGAGUGCAGCUUUAUCUAAUGUUAGUAGAAGUAUUUGAAAGUGAAUAUUCUAGAAAGAAGUACUAUUAUGUUGCCGGCUACCUCUUCCCUGCUACAGUAGUUGGUGUCUCAGCAGCUAUUGACUAUAAGAGCUACGGAACAGAGAAAGCUUGCUGGCUACAUGUAGAUAAUUAUUUUAUCUGGAGUUUCAUUGGACCUGUUACCUUUAUCAUUCUGCUGAAUCUUAUCUUCCUGGUGAUCACAUUGUGCAAAAUGGUGAAGCACUCAAACACUUUGAAACCAGACUCUAGCAGGUUGGAAAACAUUAAUAAUUACCGUGUUUGUGAUGGCUACUAUAAUACGGACUUACCUGGCUAUGAAGAUAAUAAGCCAUUUAUCAAAUCCUGGGUCCUGGGUGCAUUUGCUCUCCUGUGUCUCCUUGGCCUAACAUGGUCAUUUGGUCUGCUGUUUAUAAAUGAGGGGACCGUUGUGAUGACAUAUCUCUUCACAGUAUUUAAUGCUUUCCAAGGAAUGUUUAUUUUCAUCUUUCAUUGUGCCCUUCAAAAGAAAGUACGUAAAGAAUAUGGGAAAUGCUUCCGACAUUCCUACUGCUGUGGGGGACUUCCAACUGAGAGUCCCCACAGUUCAGUGAAGGCAUCAACAACGAGAACUAGCGCUCGCUAUUCCUCUGGCACUCAGAGUCGGAUAAGGAGGAUGUGGAAUGACACUGUGAGAAAACAAUCGGAAUCAUCUUUUAUCUCAGGUGACAUCAACAGCACUUCAACACUUAAUCAAGGAAUGACUGGCAAUUACCUACUAACAAACCCUCUUCUUCGACCACACGGCACUAACAACCCCUAUAACACAUUGCUCGCAGAAACAGUUGUAUGUAAUGCCCCUUCAGCUCCUGUGUUUAACUCACCAGCAACCUACAGAGAGACAAGUAUGGGAGUAAAACUUAACUUUGCCUAUCAAAUGACAUUCACUGAACAAUGCCAGGGAUACAAGUGCCAUGGAUACUCUACCGCUAAAUGGUAAUUUCAACAACAGCUACUCAUUGCGCAAUGGAGACUAUAACGACAGCGUGCAAGUUGUAGACUGUGGACUAAGCCUGAAUGAUACAGCUUUUGAGAAAAUGAUCAUUUCAGAGUUAGUGCACAACAACCUGCGGGGCAGCAGCAAGAACCACAACCUGGAGCGGGUGCUGCCAGCCAAGGCUGUGAUCGGCGGGAGCAGCAGCGAGGAUGACGCCAUCGUGGCAGACGCCUCCUCCUUGAUGCACAGCGACACCCCUGGGCUGGAGCUCCACCACAAAGAGCUGGAGGCCCCUCUCAUCCCUCAGCGGACUCACUCCCUUCUGUACCAGCCCCAGAAGAAAGUGAAGACCGAGGGAACUGACAGCUACGUCUCACAGCUGACAGCCGAGGCUGACGACCACCUCCAGUCCCCCAACAGAGACUCUCUUUACACGAGCAUGCCCAACCUCAGAGACUCUCCCUACCCAGAGAGCAGCCCCGACGUUGAAGAAGACCUCUCUCCUUCCAGAAGGAGUGAAAAUGAGGACAUUUACUACAAGAGCAUGCCAAACCUAGGAGCUGGCCAUCAGCUUCAGAUGUACUAUCAAAUCAGCAGGGGUAAUAGCGACGGCUAUAUCAUUCCCAUUAACAAGGAAGGAUGUAUUCCGGAAGGAGAUGUUAGAGAAGGACAAAUGCAACUAGUGACAAGCCUUUAAUAGUGUAGCAAAGAAAUAUUAAAGGCCACGCUCAAGUAUUAAAAGGACUUAAUUGGCCCCGUGCAGGCUCCCUCAUAUCUGCUCGAAGAGACAAUUCUGUUGACCCUGUGGUUCUCCAGUAACAGGGAUGACUGGACCUCGCAGUUCUGUGAAUUUUUAUAAAGCAAAAACUUUGUAUAUACACAGAGUAUACUAAAAUGAAUUAUUUGUUACAAAGAAAAGAAAUACCAACAAGGUAUUUAAGAUAUCUUCUGCUGCUGAAUUUAACAAAAUUGUGAAAAAAAAAAGAGAAAUAAACACUUUCCAGCCAUUUUACUGCAGCAGUUUGUGAACUAAAUUUGUAAAUAUGGCUGCACCAUUUUUUUUUUCUUAGGCCUACAUUGUAUUAUAUACAAGGCGUAGGCUUUAAAAUCCUGUGGGACAAAUUUACUGUACCUUACUAUUCCUGACAAGACUUGCAAAAGCAGGAGAGAUAUUCUGCAUCAGUUUGCAGUUCACUGCAAAUCUUUUCCAUUAGGGCAAAGAUGGAAUACAUGUCUAACCACUAGCAAUCAAGCCACAGGCCUUAUUUCAUAUAUUUCCUCAACUGUACAAUGAACCGUUCUCAUGAAAAAAUGGCUAAAGAAAUUAUAUUUUGUUCUAUUGCUAGGGUAAAAUAAAUACAUUUGUGUCCAACUGAAAUAUAAUUGUCAGUAAAAAAUAAUUUUAAAGAGUUUGAAGAAAAUAUUGUGAAAAGCUCUUGGUUGCACAUAUGUUAUAAGCUGUUUUUCUUACACUGUUCAUAGUACGAUAGUUUGUUUAAAAUGCAAGUUCUACCUGUUUUCACUUAUUUUUUCACUGUAAACAGUGUUCUGCUUUGACAAGUUAGUUUUUAUUCUUAAGUUUUGAAUUUUUAUUGCCAAAAAAAACAUAAUUUGGGGAGAAAGUUGUUUUAGAAGCCAAUUAUGCCAAGCCUUGCACAAAUUUGGUGUAGGUAACAAAGAUUGUAACUCAAUUCCCUGUUCAUUCUUUAAUCAGGGUUGGGUGGUAAGGGGUAAAGGGGACACUGGACACUUCUCACAAGCUUUCUCGUGAAUAAAAGGUGCCUGUCCUUUAAAAAAAAUAAAUAAAACAUAACUAUAACUCUUCCAUAUUCCUUCUGCCUAUAUUUAGUAAUUAAUUUAUUUUAUGAUAAAAAAUCAAAUGAAAUGUAAAUUGUUUCAACAAAAUUCUGCUUUUUUCAUCCCUUUGUGUAAACCUGUUAAUAAUGAGCCCAUCACUAAUAUCCAGUGUAAAGUUUAACACCUGUUUGACAGUAAAUAAAUGUGAAUUUUUUUCCAAAUA